AUGAAGAUUUCUAGCUUCUUAUUUCUUUUUGACUUUUGCCAUGGAAAAUUGGACAUGGGAUCGGAGGGUAGAGGAAGUGUUACAGGCAGUGCGAAGCCGCAGAUGAAUCAGAAGGGGAAAAUUUCGCAGCUGAUAGAGAAUGAAAAAGAUUGGGAAGAACUUCAAGCGAAAGAUGUUCCAUUAGUCGUUGGCUACUUUGAAAAUUUCAACUCAAACACUGCCCGAACUUACAUCGAAGCAAUGCGAAAAAUCACAUCUGAGAAGAAAAUCGAUUGGCUCUUUGGCCACUGUAUUGAUAAAAAGCAAGUCGCAGAAAUCGGCAACGAAAAAAUCAUCGCAUACAAGCCACUUUCGUUCGAGUCUGAUUUUGAGCCGCAAGCAGCUUCUUUUGAUCACAAUAGUGGUUUAACUGGAGAUUCACUGUAUAAAUUCGCGGUUCGAAAUGUCUAUGGAUUGGUUCCAAGAGUGACAAAAGAAAAUAUGGCGAUUUUUCCGAAGCUAAUUGUUCAAGUUCUGAAACCAGAUGAGGAUGUCGGAAUCGCUCGGGCCCUCCUCGCAAAUGUCCGAAAAGCAGGCUAUCAAAUCGCGUUUGGAUCUUUGUCAGACGAUUUCGUGAAAGAAACCUUCAUUGUUGCCGGAUAUUGGGAAGUUCUACGAGGCCAGAGGCCCUAUAAACUCAAUAGUUUGGAUGAAAUCGAAGAUGCAAAGAAAAAAAAUGAUGCUAAAACUGAACUUUGA